UCGCGUCCAUUGGUCGGCUCGGCGAGGGGAGGAGCGCUGCCUCCCGGGGAGCUCCCGGCGCCGCCGCGAUGAGCUUUAGCCGCUUGUGUCGUCUGGUGAAGCCAACGCUUCUCUGCGGGGCCCUGGUAGUGCCUGGCCUGGCCAGCACCAUGUGCGCGUCCCGCGACGACUGGCGCUGUGCUCGCUCCAUGCACGAAUUCUCAGCUAAGGACAUCGAUGGGCGCAUGGUUAACCUGGACAAGUACCGGGGCUACGUGUGCAUCGUCACCAAUGUGGCCUCGCAAUGAGGCAAGACAGAGGUAAACUACACUCAGCUGGUCGACCUGCACGCCCGAUUCGCUGAGCGUGGUUUACGGAUCCUGGCCUUCCCUUGCAACCAGUUCGGGAAGCAGGAGCCAGGGAGUAACGCCGAGAUCAAAGAGUUCGCUGCCGGCUAUAACGUCAAAUUUGACAUGUUCAGCAAGAUCUGUGUGAAUGGGGAUGAUGCCCACCCACUGUGGAAGUGGAUGAAAGUCCAGCCCAAGGGGAGGGGCAUGCUGGGAAAUGCCAUCAAAUGGAACUUCACCAAGGUAAGGGGUGCUGGGGGCCUGGGGGACGGGGACAGACCCAGCCACAGCUGGGCUGCUUCGAGGGUCCCUGGCCCUGACCUAAAUGGGGCGGUGCAUGGGGACUGCUGGCUCGCCCCAGCCCCAUGGUGGCCUCGGGUCCUGACACGGCCUCCCCCACAGUUCCUCAUUGACAAGAACGGCUGUGUGGUGAAGCGGUACGGUCCCAUGGAAGAGCCCCUGGUGAUAGAGAAGGAUCUGCCGUGCUACCUCUAGCUCCACAAGUGUGCUCCCCUGACCCGAGCCUGCCGCCUGUGCCCCUCGGAGCCUUCCACCCGGCGUCCAUGAUGGUCUGCCUGAAAACCAGCCCCUGGUGGGGCAGACCCGAGAACCCGGCGUGCACCCCUGCCGGAGGAAGGUCCCUCGGCCCGGCUAACGGCUCGGCAACCCCACCCCCUGCUGCCUUGUGGGAAUAAAACACACAAUACAAAUUGA